UUUGGGUGGGGCUUCGUUACAUCUGCCUCCCUCCCUUUCCCAGGGAAUCCAUUAUAUAGAGAAAACACCCCAAUAACCCAACCCCACACCUCCUCUUAUUCCAUACCCCUCCCUCUUCUUGUUCUUCUUAGGAGUACUCAGCCACCAUGGCUGUUGCUGCAGAGACUCAGUUCCAUGUCUUAGCUGUGGAUGACAGCCGUCUUGACAGAAUGUUGAUUGAGAGGCUCCUCAAGACCUCAUCAUACCAAGUUACCACAGUGGAUUCUGGAAGCAAGGCUUUGCAAAUUCUGGGUCUGCAAGAUGAUCAGACCAAUUCACCUUCUGUUUCUUCUGACCAGCAUGAUACAGAAGUAAAUUUGAUCAUCACAGACUACUGCAUGCCCGAAAUGACUGGCUAUGAUCUUCUCAAGAAGAUUAAGGAGUCAUCAUCUCUAAAAGACAUCCCAGUUGUGAUCAUGUCAUCUGAGAAUGUGCCUUCCAGGAUCCACAGAUGCUUGGAAGAAGGAGCAGAAGAAUUCUUUCUCAAACCAGUACAGCUAUCAGAUAUGAACAGGCUCAAACCCCAUAUACUGAAAGGGAAAUAUAAAGAGCUGCAUCAGCAGCAGGUGCUGCAGAACAGCAGUAUCACCGGCAGCAACCAUAACAGCAACAAAAGGAAGGCCAUGGAUGAUGAAAUUUCACCCGAGAUGAGUAAGACCAAGACUCACAAGCAGCCUGACAGUACUGUGAUACCUUAUAUUACUUCUUUUUCUUUUCUCACCUCCUUUGAAUAGAAAUCCUUAAAAGUUCCACUAUCUCCACUAUUUUUCUUCUUGAUGUAAGAUUAUAGGAUUGCUUAAGAGAAAAAUAGAUUACGGGGGAAUACUUACUUAUAAUGUAUUCCAAUUUUGUCUUGCUUGGAAAUCAGAACUGCCAAUAACUUAGAGAUGUAAAUAAUGAACAAGGCAAAUCAUGGAAGGCUGUAUUGGAAGACUGGGUAUUGGAGUUAGUAGAUGCCUUGUACUUAAUUAUUUGAUCCAUCCUGAUGAUGACAGAAACUGUUUCUUCUCAGAAAGAACAGAUAAACUUUUACA